CAAUGAAUAAGUUGGCAGGCGCGGGAAAAUUAAAACGAUAAACAAAACAUCGAUCAUUGGAAGGCAACAAGAAAUCGAUACAUCAGCUCUACCAGAUAUGAAGGACCUGGAGUACAGAGUUCCCUCCCCUCACUAUCUCAGACUGACACUAGAAGACAGAGCCUUAUGUCUGAACAACUUUGACGACCCUAUCCUCACAUCCACCAAGCUUUGUGUCCAACCAAGCCUCUCUGAUGAAUUAAUCAAAACUGAACUUCAUGAAGCCAAAUUUGCAAUGGAAAGGCAAACAAGUGAAAUGCAGCACAGAGGAAAUCCUGGCUUAACCAUUCUUUCAGGGGAGGAAACCAGCACAUCAGAGGAGGAGGACGAGGAGGAAAAAGAGUUCCACUUAGAUUCCCCUGUAAUGGGAGGGGCACAUGGACCCAUAAUCACCAAAUGGUUACAGCGCCAUUUUUUGAUUCAACCAGAUAACAACUUGAGUCGAGGUGAGAUAUAUAGGGCUUAUAUCGAACACUGUCAGAGGAACAAUUUUACACACUGUAAUCCAGCUACAUUUGGUAAAGUCCUGCGAUCAGUGUUUCCUGACAUCAAAACAAGGAGGAUAGGGACAAGGGGAAACUCCAGAUAUCAUUAUUGCGGCAUAGGCAUUAAAUCUAAGACAAUGCGGGACAAUAAAAUCGAAGAGGAAAUUGCUUCAGGAAAUGAAACACCGAACAUUGUGGUGGAACAUUCACAAGAGUUGCUGCCCUUGCUACACAGUUUCCCUACCUGUAAAGACCUUGGACUGCCAGAGACAGAGAAUCAAGUGGUGGAGGAGUUUCUUAAUUUGACAUACAGAUGGCAUGCAGUGAGAAUACUUGACUGUAUACUUAGGGCUGAAUUUUACGAGAUCAAGGAUAUCAUAGGUGAAUUCUGGAGGUCAGUGCCUCCCUCAACACUGAGUGCUUUGGCGGUGCCGCUGGUGGUGGCAGCAAUAGAAAGAUGUGAUCAAAUCCUCUACAGAACCAUCAACGGCAUUCUCUUACCCCAGAUCUUAACUCUGCUUCCUACGGGACUUAUGCUGACGUUGAAGAACUUUGUAAAGAAUCUCCUGUACUGGCAUCAAGAUGGAUUAUACAGCAUCCCACCUGUCAUAAAAUCGGCCAAAGUCAAAGCUUGUCAUCAGUUCAAGACAAGUUUUAUGAGACAGAUUCAGAUAAACCACAUGAGCAUCACGGCCAACAUAGUGGUGACCAGUCCUACCAUAGCCAGGUCAAUCCAGUGGGGAUGGCGGCUUUUACAACAAUCCCUCAGGAACAACCCCUUACUCAACUCCCAAGAUCCCACAGGCCAAAAAUUACUCUCUCAGUUCUUGCAGGAAUAUGGCAGUCUCUGGGACAGUUCGUGCUCUCUCUCUCAGCAUUUGAAUUGGGUGGAGAGUGUUGUCUUGAAGAGCAUGGAAAAGAUAACCCGCCUCUCCCAGAACAAGCCCACACUGAGGGGAGAACUGGUCCGUCAGCUAGUGCUGGAGUGGGCGUUCAUCUGUACCCAGAUCCUCAAAAUACUCACAUUUGUCUGUCCUGCCUCUCUAGGACCACUACAGUUGCUGGACAUGCUAUAUAGAGACUAUGUGCUUUUUCUGCUGGAGAGAUGGGAUGUCCAUUUGUUGAAAUGACCAGACUAGGUGUUAUGAGAGGAUCUCAUG